CUCAGAGUUAGCCCAUGCGAGCAGCGUGUGGACUGAGUGCAGCUGUUUCGUUCAGAGAAGAGCCCAACAUGUGAGAAGAUGUCUGUUGGAGGUUGUGCUUGUCCCGGCUGUUCGUCAAAGUCAUUCAAGCUGUACUCUCCUAAGGAGCCCCCCAACGGCGGCAGCUUUCCCCCCUUCCACCCAGGCGCUAUGCUGGACAGAGAUGUGGGGCCUACACCCAUGUACCCUCCCUCAUACAUGGAGCCUGGCAUGGGGAGACCCACACCGUACGGGAACCAGACAGAUUAUCGGAUAUAUGAGCUGAACAAAAGAUUACAAAACUGGACAGAGGACUGUGACAAUCUCUGGUGGGAUGCCUUCACCACAGAGUUUUUUGAAGAUGACGCCAUGCUCACCAUCACUUUCUGUCUGGAAGAUGGUCCCAAACGAUAUACCAUCGGCAGGACGUUGAUUCCUCGAUACUUUAGAAGUAUUUUUGAGGGGGGUGCCACUGAGCUCUUCUACGUUUUGAAGCACCCGAAGGAGUCCUUCCACAGUAACUUUGUGUCUCUCGACUGCGACCAGUGCACCAUGGUGACCCAGAACGGCAAACCUAUGUUCACACAGGUUUGUGUUGAGGGCCGUUUGUACCUAGAGUUCAUGUUCGAUGACAUGAUGAGGAUCAAGACGUGGCAUUUCAGCAUCAGGCAACACAGAGAAGUCCUACCAAGGAGCAUUUUGGCUAUGCAUGAUCCCCAGAUGCUCGAUCAGCUGGCUAAAAAUAUCACCAGAUGUGGGCUGUCUAAUUCCACGCUCAACUACCUCCGUCUAUGUGUGAUAUUGGAGCCCAUGCAAGAGUUGAUGUCCAGGCAUAAGACCUAUAGCUUGAGCCCCAGAGACUGUCUGAAGACUUGCCUCUUCCAGAAGUGGCAAAGAAUGGUAGCACCUCCAGCUGAGCCAGCCAGACAAGCUCCAAACAAGCGGCGGAAAAGGAAGGUGUCCGGUGGAAGCACCGUGAGCUCUGGCGGAGGCAGCAAUAACAACAGCAACAGCAAAAAGAAGAGUCCAGCCAACAGCUUUUCACUCUCCAGCCAGGUACCUGACCUGGUUGGAACAAAAACCUGUACAGUGCCGGAGCUUGAGGACCGGAGUUGAGAACCACUACGCUAAAUGUUAAACACACACACACAAACACUGACACACACACCCAGACCAGUGCACACACUAACACACACUGUCACCCACACCUUCAGCAUAAAGCAUUGAGGUACUGGAGAGAGGUGGUACGCAGCAUGUCUGGACCAGAGCACCAGACGCUACAGAAGUGUGUUUUUAUUUUCUAUGUUUUAGACUUGUUUUGAUUUUUUUUUUAUUUUUGUAAACAAUUUCUAAAAAUAAACAGACAAGCAAGCAAACAAAAAAACACCCCAGAAUAUUCUUUGCACUGUUUUCCACUAUUAACGGCAAUCUAUUUUUCUUAUGAAUUGACGGUGUAUUUUUUUUCUUUUCUAUUAUUGCUAAUGUAAGAACUGUAAAACAUCUGAAACCUGCAGUAUAUUAAUGUAUAAGUAUUGCUGUUAGAUCAUUCUUAUUGUGAUGGUAAUAACUUUCAUGUAAGUCUAUGCUUGAUAUAAAGUCAUCCAUCCAUGUCAGACAUCAUGCUGUCAUCAGGCCCAUUAGCUUCAGUGCUAAGGGGAGAUCAGUGCUAGUGUUUUAAUACUGUACUACAUCUUGUUUGACGCGCGUCCGAAGCGGCGCUGCUGAAAACCAGUUUCCCCCUUGCUAAAUUUCCAUCAAGCACCUGGUUCGGAUCUGUCGUCUUAUCAUUGCAGAAAUGUUUGCUUUGUCUCCAAACCUCUUAUCUUGGGGUCCUCUCUUCAGAGAUUAUAAUAACAGAAAACUUCUCAAAUUUGCUACUCGAAAAAUAUUUUAAAAACACAUUUUGACAGGAUUGUAAAAUAAUGAAAAAAAAGACUUUUGUAUUAACUUAAGUUUCCCAGAAAUGUUUUUAAUUACAAUUAAGAAAGCUGCAGACCAAGGAGCUACAUGUAAAGAUUCUUAUACUGAUUACACUGCGCUGUUUUAUGUUUUAUGAUGAAUCAUUUUGUUGGCUUUACUCCUCAUGUUUGUGUCUGUGCUUGUAUAUUUUUAGGUAGUAAUUUCUGUAAAAGUUAUUCUAUGUAUUCCUCCCUAGAACUAUGAGAAACUCAAUCUAAUGUAAAGAGAUGAAAAGCCUCUUAAAAGUUUUUUUUAAACGUGAUUUUUAAUGGUACAAUCACUGAUAAAAGAAUUUUGCCCUCAUUUUAGCAAACUGUAUUUAUUUUUCUAUGUACUGACAUUCUGUUUAGGUCCAACCCACCUGUACAAUAUUCAUGAUAAUACAUGGAGGAAUUUGUGGCGCUGCUCAGUCUGUUAAUGCUAAUAUCCUUUUUGUUUUUUCCAUUUCCUUGUGUUCUUGGAGAUCUGUAUUGUCACAUGAAGGAGAUAUUCAACAGCCAUUUUAAGCUGCUGUAGGUUUUAUCAGCUGUUUGAAAAUCAGUAUAUAACCACAUUUAGCUUAUUUCAACAAAUCAUUAACCUCCAAUUUGUUGUUUUUUCCUCCUUGAAGCUCUUAUGAUACUGUACAUGUGAAAUAAUGGUGCAAUCUUUAGUGAAAUGACACUGCUGCAUCAUGGUUUUCGGUGUAAAAGUUGUCCAAUUCAAAGGCCUCAGCAGCACUCAAAUGCCAGCUGCUAGAUAUUUGAUAGUAAUUUCCAGAUUCUCCCAGCAGGGGUCUCCCUGAGCACCAGACUUGAGCAGCCCGUCAGAAAUUCCUCCAUCAUUAUACCUGGCAGAAAUGCCGUCUGUAAAUCCACACCGAGCUGCAGGCUGUCGUGUUUCGAUCCUUAUUCAUUGUCUCCAGCACCCCUAGUCUACUUUCGUGGUGUAUCAGUUCAGCAGGCGGACUCAGAAUUGAAUCUAGGGGCAACUUAUCAACACAAUGUGUUUCCUAAGUUGACAUAAUUUAGGAAAUAUAAGGGUGUGUGGGACGGAGAUGAAAUGGCAAUGCACCCAUAGCUGGCUCUUGUAGCACCUCAUCAUAGGGGUGAUUUUAUAUCUAUAUUUUUUUGCCAGGUUUCUGUCAUUGAUAAUUCAUGUAUGGUAUCAAUAAAGAUGAAUUUUCACUGAAAAAA